AUGGUCAAACUAACCUCAGAGGACGCUCAAACGUUAAUAGAAUCGUACUUGAUAUCCCAGUAUCGACCAUUUGCCAUCAAUGAUAUAGUCCUGAACCUUCAUGGACAGAUUACUAAGGCAGCUGCUACCAAAGCGCUCGACUCUCUAGUACAGGAGCAUAGAGUCACCGCGAAGACUUUUGGCAAAGUUAUAAUUUAUUCAUGUAAUGAGAAAGAGCUAGAACUACCGGCUGGGGUUGAGAGUGAUAAUUUCACAUUUGCUCAUCUAGCAGAAUUAAGAAAAGAACUCAAGGAGUUAGAUUCGGACAAAUCCGCAGUUACAGAGGCGUUAAACAAAGUUCUUAAAGAACCUUCCAACGCUCAAUUGCUGCACUUGCAAGUGGCGCGAGAACAGGAGAUUGCACAUUUACAACAAGUUCUAACUAGGCUACAGGAAGAUUGGGAUCCAAAGAUGGAACCACUAAUCAAUGAUCUGGUAAAAACCGAUAAAACCCUCGAUAAAGAAUUGAAAACAAGGUUCAAGAUCAUGAAAAAUCUAUUGGCUAUUGUCAAGGAUACCGUGAGACCGACCGAUAUGGGGGAAUUCUUAGAAGAGAUAGGGUUUGAACAGAUGGGUUAA